CCUUAUUGCCUGCUUUGCUUACAUCUCCUUCAAAUAUCCGAAAUUCUAAAAUUUUCCCACCCACUCUCUUCCUCUUACUCCACUGGGCGAUGGAGAAAGGCCUAAUCUCCGUUGAUCAGUGGACACAGGGAAGCCAGGCCUACUUUCUAACUCACCUGCACUCAGACCAUACAGUGGGUUUAACAUCGUCAUGGUCCAGAGGCCCACUCUUCUGCUCACGCCUCACCGCCAAGCUCUUACCUUUCAAGUUCCCCGAGUUAAACCUCUCUUUGCUUCACGUCCUCGAUAUUGGCUCUUGGCUUUCAAUUUCACUCAUCUCUCCAUCUUCCGGGGAGAAAACCGUUGUCCAAGUUAUGGCAAUUGACGCUUAUCAUUGCCCUGGUUCUAUAAUGUUGUUAUUCCGUGGAGAGUUUGGGUGCCAGCUUUACACCGGCGAUUUCCGCUGGGAAACAGACGGUGAGAGGGAAAAAAUAGCAAGGAGCACAUUCCUCCAAGCUUUAAAGGAUGUUUCAGUCGACAUUCUUUACUUGGAUAACACAUAUUGUAAUCCGUCAUACGAUUUUCCUUCUCGACAAGUUGCUGCUCAGCAGGUUGCUGACAUAAUUUCCUCCCAUCCCAACCAUGAUAUCAUAAUUGGGAUUGACACGUUAGGGAAAGAAGAACUUUUACUUCACAUUUCGCGUCUACUUAAUAUAAAGAUUUGGGUGUGGCCAGAACGCCUGCAAACCAUGCAUCUUCUUGGAUUCCAUGACAUAUUCACAACCAAAACUUCUCUUACUAGAGUACGAGCUGUUCCUCGUUACAGUUUUAGCCUCGACACUUUAAAAGGAUUAAAUACAAUGCGCCCAACCAUAGGAAUUAUGCCAUCUGGUCUUCCAUGGUUGGUUAAACACCUUAAAGAAAAUGAACAAGGUUCACUUUUAACUUCUUCCUACAGAAGCAAAAAAAGUUCAGGUGGUGGAAUACAAACAAAUAAUAUAAAUGAUAAUAUAGGAUCUGCAGUGAGGCUUCACAAGUAUAUCUAUUCAGUUCCAUAUUCAGAUCAUUCAUGCUUUAUGGAGAUACAGGAGUUUAUAAAGCUUGUCCAGCCAGUAAAGGUAAGAGGCAAUAUAUCUUCAUCAUCUUGCUAUGUUGAUCCUCUUCACUACUUUGGCCAGCUUUGUGGAGCAAACCAACCUUCCAGGGAGUUGCACAAUAGUGAGGAAAGGAAAUCAUUAGGCAAAAGAGUUAUAGCUGCUCAAACAAAUAUUUAUGUUGGAAGUAGAAAUUCCACUGAGGCAGGAAGAAGAAGAGAGAGGGCUCGAAGGGUGGGUAUUCUAGGAGUUAAUAUGAGCAGGGCGAAUACCUUGAGGCAUAUCCGAAGGGGUGCUAAGAUUGUGGAAAGUGAGUAAUUUGGUUUAUUGUUAUAAUUUUUUAGAAUCAGGUUAAUUGUAGUAGCUGUAUGACACUGUACUUCAGAGUAUAAUUGUAAGGUUUUAAAAUUCUUCUGGUGUUGAAGAUCCAAGGAAUCUAAGGAAUAUGUUAGAAAUGGGGAGAAAUUUUUGUUUUUGAUUGAGGCUGGGUUUGUAGUAGUGCUAUGUUCACUUAUAAUGAAUAUCAAUUUGAUAUCAAUUAUAAUAUGUCACCAUAUAAUUGAGUGUUACUUUAUCA